AUGGCAGAUAGGAAGAUUGCCGUCAGAGACGACGAUGAAGGUUCUCUGUUUUCCAGACUUGGGACGGAAAGUCCAAAACCACGCGUGAAAUUCGGAGGCAUGUUUUGCAAUGUCGAGGGGGCAUACGAAAAUAAAACUUUGAACUUCGAGUCAUACAGUCCAAACACAGCCCGGAAGAUGACUAGAGGAGCGGGACCGGGACCGGCAUCCAGCUCCCACGGUGGCCAAUCCAUAGUUUAUCCCACGGGGCCCAAACGUCUUCACAACGUGCGACGUGAGAGUGACAAGCUCAUCAUCAAAGGAGGCAAGAUAGUGAAUGAUGACCAGUCUUUCUACGCAGACGUCUACAUUGAAGAUGGAGUCAUCAAGCAGAUUGGCGAGAACCUCAUUGUGCCCGGCGGGGUGAAGACGGUCGACGCCUACGGCCACAUCGUGAUCCCGGGGGGAAUCGACGUCAACACCAGCCUGCAGGCCGGCCAGAUGGGCAUGAGCCCUGCAGAUGACUUCUAUCACGGCACCCGCGCAGCACUGGCAGGGGGCACCACCAUGAUCAUUGACCAUGUGUUGCCUGAGCCGGGUGCGAGCCUGUUGGCUGCGUUUGACCAGUGGAGGGACAUUGCAGACAGGAGGAGCUGCUGCGACUACUCCCUGCACAUGGACAUCACCCGCUGGCACGACGGGCUGACCGAGGAGAUCGAGGCGCUGGUCAAGGACAAAGGAGUAAAUUCAUUCCUGGUGUUUAUGACCUACAAGGACAAGUACCAGAGCUCAGACAGCCAGAUCUAUGAGUGUUUUGGGGUUCUGAGAGACAUGGGGGCCAUAGCCCAAGUACAUGCAGAGAACGGAGACAUCGUAGAGGAGGAGCAAAAGCGGAUCCUUGAUCAGGGCAUUACGGGGCCGGAAGGACAUGUGAUGAGUCAUCCAGAAGAGGUGGAGACUGAAGCCGUGUACCGUGCCAUCACAAUCGCCAAGCAGGCCAACUGCCCUCUCUAUGUCACCAAGGUGAUGAGCAGGCAAGCCGCUGAUGUCAUCGCCAAGGCCAGGAAGAAGGGUAUGGUUGUGUAUGGGGAGCCGAUCGCUGCUAGCCUGGGCAUGGACGGGACUCAUUACUGGAGUAAAGACUGGGCCAAGGCAGCUGCCUUCGUCAUGUCUCCACCCCUCAGCCCAGACCCCUCCACCCCAGACUACCUCAACUCCCUGCUGGCCUGUGGAGACCUCCAGGUGACGGCCAGUGCUCACAGCAGCUUCUCCACAGCCCAGAAGGCGGUGGGCAAGGACAACUUCACCCUCAUUCCAGAAGGCACCAACGGUGUAGAGGAGCGCAUGUCAGUCGUCUGGGACAAGGCUGUGGCUACGGGCAAAAUGGACGAGAAUGAGUUUGUGGCUGUGACCAGUACCAACGCGGCCAAGCUCUUCAACCUUUACCCUCGUAAAGGACGCAUCGCCGUGGGGUCCGACGCAGACCUGGUCAUCUGGAACACCAAGGAGACCAAGACCGUCUCCGCAGCAACACACAACCUGACGGUGGAGGUGAACAUCUUUGAGGGCAUGGAGUGUCGGGGCUUCCCCGUAAUAGUGAUCAGUGGGGGCCGCAUCGUACUGGAGGGGGGCCAGCUGAACGUGGCCGAGGGCUCCGGGCGCUUCGUGCCCAGGAAGGCCUUCCCCGACUACGUCUACAAGAGGAUCAAGGCCCGCAGCAGGAUGGCAGAUGCGCGUGGUGUCCCUCGGGGAAACUACGACGGGCCGGUGCAUGACGUCAUCAGCGUCACCAAGUCGGUAGCCUCCACUCCGACCAGCAGGGGGCCCCAGUGUCCCGGGAAAACGGUGAUGGCAGCUUCCAGGAACCUCCACCAAUCAGGAUUCACCCUGUCCGGAACUCAAAAGGACGACCACAUUCCGAGGCGCACGGCACAGAGGAUUGUAGCGCCGCCCGGUGGCCGGUCCAACAUCACCUCCCUCUCGUGAGUCACGUAACCCACGGCGACCACUCGCAACAAGUGUAGCAACUUACUGCAUCAUCAACCUCAAUAUUCCAAACGCGUCAUUUUUCAUACAUUCUGAAAAAAAAAAUAGUCAUGCACAUGAACCCCCGGAUGUUAUCCUAUGUAGGACCGUUACAGAGGCAGCCACCCAUAGCUUACUCAUAUAUGAAUCUCAUGCAACUCAUCUAGUCCAUAGAUAGCCUUUUAAAUAGCUGCUUUAUCCACAUCGUUCAGUCCCCGUGCUUUGGGUUUCUCAGUGCAAACAUAAAUAUUAUAGCAUGCACCUUAAUUCUGGUGAACAUUCAGUCGGCUGUAACAUAGAGCUUGGGUUUUGAAGGCAAUGAUUUACUCAGGGCAACUUUUUGAGCAAUGACGGUUGCCAGGCAACAUCAAGAUUGGCUAUUCAUUUUCAGAUGGAAUGGUUGAAAAAUGGCGGGGCAAUCGCCAUUCCAACACACCGCCAUUCCGACACACCGCCAUUCCGACAGUAUUUGAUUGUCAUUCCGAGCCAUUCCGAGUCAUUCAAACUCUGUUGCAAGUGCUUAGAGGCGCGUAAAACAAUGUUCUAACUUUAUUGAUAUUUGCAACAUUGUUGCGACACGAGCGGUAAGUGGAGAGAGUGACAGCGCAAUGACAGGAUCAGUGUAUUAUUUUGUCACGGUCCAAAUGCCCUUAAAGGUAGGGUCUGAGAUCUUUGAAAAACGGUUCCUGCUAGCUGGAAAAACGGUUCCUGCAAUAAAACGUCAAUGUC